AUGAUAUCUCAGUACUAUGAGCCAAUGAAGUUUGGAAUAAAGCGGGUUUUCUCUGCACGAACUACCCGAGUCAAAUGUAUAGAUAUUCACCCAAGGGAACCAUGGGUACUACUGAGCUACUUCACAGGAAGUGUCCAAAUAUGGAACUAUACAACAAAGACAUUAAUAAAAACAUUUGAAGUCAUUGACUUACCAAUAAGAGCUGCUAAAUUUAUUUCACGGAAAAACUGGUUUAUAACAGCAUCAGAUGAUAUGUUCUUACGAGUGUUUAACUACAACACCCAAGAAAGAAUUAAUGCGUUUGAUGCCCAUACAGAUUUCAUACGAUCACUUGCUGUUCAUCCAACUCAACCAUUUGUUAUCAGUAGUAGUGAUGAUAUGGUCAUAAAGUUAUGGAAUUGGGAAAAGAAAUGGCAGUGUGAGCAAGUAUUUGAGGGUCAUUACCAUUAUGUCAUGCAAAUAGUUAUCAACCCCAAAGAUAACAACACAUUUGCUUCAGCUUCAUUGGAUACAACGAUUAAGGUGUGGCAGCUAGGUUCCAAUACUCCUAAUUUCACUCUGACUGGUCAUGAUAGUGGAGUCAAUUGUGUAGAUUACUACAGCGGUGGUGAUAAACCAUAUUUGGUAUCAGGUGCGGAUGAUAGACUGGUUAAAAUAUGGGAUUACCAGAAUAAAACCUGUGUUCAGACAUUAAAAGGCCAUACAGAAAAUAUCACCACAGUCUGUUUCCAUCCAACAUUACCCAUAAUACUUUCAGGUGGUGAAGAUGAUACUGUUCGUAUUUGGCAUGCCAACACAUAUAGAUCAGAAAAAACUCUAAACUAUGGUUUAGAGAGAGCAUGGGUAAUUGCAGCGUUGCCAGGAUCCAAUAUGGUGGCACUUGGUUUUGAUAAUGGAGCUAUUAUAUUGAAGGUUGGCAGUGAAGAGCCAGCAAUGUCAAUGGACAGUAAUGGUAAAUUCAUAUUUGCAAAGCACACUGAAAUCCAACAAGCCAAUCUGAAAAAUCUGCAAGGGCUGGAAAUAAAUGAUGGUGAAAGAUUGUCAUUACCUGUAAAAGAUAUUGGAAGCUGUGAAAUUUACCCACAAUCCAUUGCGCAUAAUCCCAAUGGAAGGUUUGUUGUUGUUUGUGGUGAUGGUGAAUACAUUAUAUACACCGCUAUGGCUUUGAGAAAUAAAGCAUUUGGAUCAGCUCAAGAAUUUGUCUGGGCACUAGACUCAUCAAUGUAUGCUGUAAGACUGAAAGAUCACAUCAAAAUAUUCAAGAAUUUUAAGGAAUUCAAAGAUUUGAAGCAAUCAAUCACACCUGAAGGCAUCUAUGGUGGAUUUCUAUUGGGAGUGAAGACAUCUGAUGGAUUAGCUUUCUAUGACUGGGACAGUGUGGACACCCUCAUUAGAAGAAUAGAGAUAACACCCCAAUCUAUAUUCUGGUCUGACAACGGAGAACUAGUGUGUAUCACAACUGAUGAGUCAUUUUUUAUUUUAAAAUACAAUGCUGAGGCUGCUUCCAAAGCACAAGAAACAAAUGAAGGAAUCACAGAGGAUGGUGUUGAAGAUGCAUUUGAGGUGGUUGGAGAAGUUGAAGAAGUAGUGAAAACUGGUACCUGGGUGGGAGACUGUUUUAUCUACACAAACUCUGUAAACAGAAUUAAUUAUUAUGUUGGUGGUGAAAUAGUUACAAUAUCACAUAUGGACAG